GCAUUUACAGCAGCGACAGCUGAGCUUCACAAGGAGGAGGAGCUCCUUCCUUCCCAGACAAUACAAUCACACACUGUAGCAACACUAAACACUGCAUGUAUACACUACACACACCGCUCUGCACCGCAUACAUGCCACUGUGGGGACAUAAGAUAUCACCCCACGGCCACCAGCUGCAGCAGCUUCUGUCACCUCGGAGGACAGACAGACAGAGCCCCGACCACCAAGCUGCUGAGAAAUUCUGCCUGCAUCCCUAUCUUCUCCAUCUGAUGCUGACAGAAGCUGGAAUGCUUGUUUGUUCCUUCUCUAAAUCGUAAGCGCGAGGACUCAGAAGAGCCGACUUGGACAAUGCCUUCCGAGAUAUGCCUCAGUAUUCAAGAAAUGCUGACAGGUCAGAGGCACUGCCAGUCUAUGUCACACAAAGAUGCUGUCCUGUCUGCAUUAAACCAACAGAGGAAUGAUGGCAUACUCUGUGAUGUCACACUGGUGGCUGAAGAACAGAAGUUCCAUGCCCACAAGGCUGUGCUGGCAGCGUGCAGUGAUUACUUUCGGGCUAUGUUCAGUCUGUGCAUGGUUGAGAGUGAAGCUGAUGAAGUAAACUUACAUGGAGUUACCAGCCUUGGAUUAAAACAGGCUCUUGAUUUUGCCUACACUGGGCAGAUUCUCUUGGAGCCAGGAGCAAUACAAGAUGUUUUGGCUGCUGGGAGUCAUCUUCAGUUGCUUGAGCUCUUGAACCUUUGUUCUCAAUAUCUCAUCCAGGAACUAAAUAGCUUUAAUUACUUGGACCUAUACAAGCUGGCAGACUUAUUUAAUAUGACGUUACUAGAGGCAGCAGUGGUAGACUUUCUAGUAAAGCACUUAUCGGAACUUCUAAAAAGUCACCCAGAAGAAGUUCUUGCACUACCCUUCCGUCUGCUCAGAGAGGUUCUGAUGAGUGACCAGUUAACAUCCCUUAGCGAAGAACAAAUCUGGCAGUUGGCUGUGAGGUGGCUGGAGCAUAAUUGUCGUUAUCAAUACGUAGAUGAACUUCUGCAGUACGUACGUUUUGGCCUCAUGGAUACAAAUACACUUCACACUUUCGUCCUUUCUCAUUCUUUGAUCCAAACCAGUGAAACAGCAACAGCACUUAUCAACGAAGCCUUGGAAUAUCACCAAAACAUCUAUGCACAGCCAGUGUGGCAGACCAUACGGACAAAGCCACGAUUCCAGUCCCACACGCUUUACAUUGUCGGAGGAAAAAAGCGGGAGAUCUGCAAAGUGCGGGAACUGAGAUAUUUUAAUCCUGUGGAUCAGGACAAUGUUCAUAUAGCAGGAAUAGCAAACUGGAGUGAGCUGACACCCAUGCCAGUAGGGAGAAGUCACCACUGUGUUGCCAUCAUGGGUGACUUUUUAUUUGCUGCAGGAGGGGAAGCUGAGCAUGCCACAGGGCGCACCUGUGCAGUCAGGACAGCAUGUCGUUACGAUCCUCGCAGCAAUACUUGGUUUGAAAUUGCUCCAAUGAAAAAUUGUCGGGAGCAUUUUGUGCUUGGGGCACUGAACAAUUGCCUUUAUGCAGUAGGUGGCAGAAAUGAGCUGCGACAAGUGUUACCAUCUGUAGAACGCUACUGUCCAAAGAAAAACAAGUGGACUUUUGUACAGUCUUUUGACAGAUCUCUUUCAUGUCACGCUGGAUGUGUUGCUGAUGAUCUUCUCUGGAUAUCAGGUGGGGUGACUAACACAGCACAGUACCAGAACAGACUAAUGGUAUAUGAUCCAAACCAGAAUAAAUGGAUAAGUCGCAGUCCUAUGCUGCAGAGGAGAGUGUACCAUGCCAUGGCAGCAGUGCAAAGGAAACUUUAUGUCUUGGGUGGAAAUGAUUUAGAUUACAAUAACGAUCGGAUUUUGGUUCGACAUAUAGACUCUUACAAUAUUGACACUGAUCAGUGGACACGCUGCAACUUCAACUUACUCACAGGACAAAAUGAGUCUGGAGUCGCUGUGCAUAAUGGAAGAAUCUAUUUGGUUGGAGGUUAUUCAAUUUGGACAAAUGAACCUUUAGCAUGUAUACAGGUGCUGGACGUUAGCAGAGAAGGCAAAGAAGAAGUGUUCUAUGGGCCUACACUACCUUUUGCCUCCAACGGUAUAGCAGCAUGUUUUCUGCCUGCUCCUUACUUCACGUGUCCUAAUUUGCAGACUUUGCAGGUUCCUCACCAUAGGAUCGGAACGAUGUAAAGGGACUUGCCGUAGAGACUGCAGAAACCCAAUUUCUUGUCAGAGAAAGGUGUAUCUCAGUGGUAGAAACACAGCGUGGGUGCAAUACAUUUACUGCAUUUUUAUAUCCCUGCAUUCACCUUUCCUGUGACAGAUCACUAUUUGACGCUUGACGCCAUCAGCAUCAAAAAUCAGAUUGUAAGCUCUUCAGCGCAGGGAAUCAUUGUGCCUGAAACUUAUACGUAUACAACACUGCAAACAAUGAACUGUAAUUUAUUUUUUUAUGCUGCAAUUAUGGAUCAGUAGGGAAUAGUGAAUGUGCAAAAAUGCUAAUCUCACUAUCCCUAAUGCCAUUUAUUUAUAAUCUACAGCACCUGUGUAAUCAGAACUUGCACUCCAAGCUAAAGCAGCCACUUAUGUUCAUGAGAACUUAGAAAUAUUUUUCGAACAACAAAAAAACUCAAGGGCAAUACAUCAUAAAACAUAUGCAACUGAUCUGAUGUAUGUGAUUAAAAAGGGAAUGUCAAAUAAAAAGUAUCUGUUAUUUCCUCAUAUUUGUAGAUAUUUUUCCAUACUGUUCCAUUGUGAGUUACUUAGUGGACUUUUGCAUCAAAAUGAAUAUAAAGAAAAUAAACAAUCAUACAAAAAACUGUGAUAAAGAAUUGUUAAACUAUUACUGUACAUUUGCAACCAUUCACCUUUGCUGCUAACAGCACACCUAAGUGCAUAUAAAUAAUAAACAUUGUACAA